AUGGACCCAAAUACGGCGCCCAGCGGAAUGUCCGACACAAUAGUAGUGGGCGGAGAUUUCUCGGACGAGUCUCGCGACGAGACCGACGAGAGUAUCGACUACGGCGAAGGCGAGGAGGGGCAAAAUCAGGGGAAGGGUGAACCAGAUACGGCCAACGAUGACUAUGCCAGAACCUUUGAUUCGCCCGCAGCUCAUGAGGAUCAAGAUGAGGCUGAGGAGGCUCAGCCAGAUGUAUCAAUGGCCUCGAUAUCCAUGAAUAGUCCGUCUGCGCCUGACCCUGCAGCUGUCCCUUCUGAUCACCCUCCCACCCCUUCGCCGGCCUUGCCCCGCACCAACGGAGAGGUUCAAGCUUCAAAAGCUUCCGUGCAGUCCGAGCAAGCCAACGGCUCCGACAGUCCCUCCCGGUUCCCGCCUGCCGCGCCAAACACCGUCCCUUCAUCCGAGGCGCCUGCCGCAGCCUCUGCCACCGAACUUGCUGAGUCGCAACCCCCAGCCACCCCAGCUCCCAAUGGAGCUUCUCCGCCUACCGGGCCCCCGGCGGCUCCUGCGUCGGCAAAUGAAGAUGAUGCCUCUGUUGACAUCCAGAAGCUAGUAGACGACAUCACUGCCAGAGCCGCCGCCACAGCCUCGCCCCCCAGCGCGCCAGCACAAACCACUCCCGUUACCUCUCAAGCUCCCCCGGUUUCUUUGCCUGUAUCUCAUCCACCUUCCCUUCCUCCCAAGCCUUCUCUCCCCAAUCCACCAGCCAGCCUGCCCGCCAUCCCACCGGCGCACUACUCGUUCCAACCCCGGGGCCACAAUGCCCCCGCUGCGGCGGCAGUUCCGAUGUCCCUCACCAACCCCGGCACAUCGCAUGGUGCGUACGUUGCAAAUGAAGGCCUUGCUUCCUUACCCGCGCCGCCACCGGGUGCUUUUGGCGGGGCCUCCCAUCCCCAUGCCCAUCACAUGCCCCAUAGCGGAGAUGCUUCUUCCGGAAAUUACCCUGGCUCGUCUACCAAACAGCUUUGGGAGCAGUUCCAGGCCGACGAGAAACGGUACACAUCGGAGGCCAAGUGGGAGAGAUUCCCGGAGGGCUCUCGUAUCUUCAUUGGCAAUCUGUCCAGCGAGCGAGUCUCAAAACGUGAGGUAUUCGAUGUGUUCCACAGGUUCGGCCGGCUGGCGCAGAUUUCCCUCAAAAGCGCCUAUGGUUUCGUCCAAUACCACACCAUUGCUGAGGGCAACGCCGCCAUGCAGGGCGCCCAGGGCAUCGAGCUCGGUGGCCGUAAGAUUCAUCUCGAGGUCUCCCGCGCACAAAAGAAGAAGGACGACAGGGAUAGGUCUCCGGACCGCCGAGCCCCGCGGGGCGCUCACGGGAACGAGCGUUUCGAGAGCGGCGAUCGCGGUUGGAAACGAGACGACUACCGGCCGGGGCGUUCUCCCUCUCCGCGCCGGAAUGACCCCCGCGGUAGCCGAGACGGCCACUAUCCUCGAGACCGUGGAUUCGACGGCCAUCAACGCCGCCGAUCUCGUUCGCCCGCGCGCUUCAACCGCUACGGUGGCGACGACCCGUACCGGCGUAGGAGUCCCAGCCCGCACCGCAGAGCCCCGUCUGACGGUGACCGAUUCGACUUGCCUCGCCGGUUUGGGGCUGAUGUUCCCGACGUGCAGAUCCUCCUUCUCCAGGAGGUCUCGAGAGAGUUUGUCGGCUGGGUCCAGGGAGCUUUCCAUAACAAGGGGCUGAAGACCGAUGUCAUGUAUCUCAAUCCUCGGUUCCCUCGGGAGACUGUGCUGCAGCGUCAAGUUGUCGAAGGGGUGUAUGCCAUCGUUGAUCUGGAUUACGGCGCGCAGACGAAAGGCAAGAUCCCCAUCCAGGUAUUCAUCCGAUCCGGAGGCAGCAGCGUCCGCUUCGAACUGUACCAGGACGUGGAUCCUCCGAUCGCGGCAGAGCUCGUCGGCAGGGAGAAGUCCCAGUCGGCAGCGCACCUCGCCCAGCCGCAGACAGCUUACGCGCCCAACCACUACGCCCACCCUCCUCAGGCGCAGGCGCCGCCUAGCGGCUACCCUUAUCAGUACCCCCAGCAGGCCGUCCUCCCCGCACAGCCGCAGCCAGCGCCUCCUGGUGCCGACCUCGCCAGCAUGGUGGGCGGCCUCGACAACUCGGCUCUCCAGACCCUCUUAGCCUCACUCCAGAACCCUCAACCGGGCGCACCCCAAACAUACACGGGUAUCCCGGCGGCCAGCGCGCCCCAGGCCGCCCAAAUCGACAUGAAUGCCCUACUUGGCAACCUCCGGAGUGCGGCGGCAGCGCAACCUGCGUCGCCGAGCUACGGGACCGCCCCUUCUUAUGGCGUGCCGAUGGGUGCCGCCCCCGGCGGUUAUGGCGGUAUGGAUCCGGCGCAGCAAGUUCAGACAAUUAUGGAUCAGCUGAAGCGCGCUGCCCACUAA